CCAGGCUCCCCCUCAAUUGCUGUAGUAACCUGGGUCCAGGGCCUCGGUGGUGUUCCUGAUGCCCCUCACCCACCCCUGAAGAUCCCAGGUGGGCGAGGGGAUAGUCAGAGGGAUCACAAUCUUUCAGCCAAGUUAUUUUACUCGGAUAAUCGGCUGACAGUAACAGAGGAACUAGCGUCUAAUGACAAGACCAGGAUUCUUAACGUCCAGUCCAGGCUCACGGAGUCCAAACAUGUCACCUGGAGGGCUGUGUUGAGCGGCGGCAGCCUCUACAUCGAGAUGCCAGGUGGUGCCCUGCCCGAGGGGAGCAAAGACAGCCUCGCCGUGCUCCUCGAGUUUGCCGAGGAGCAGCUCCGCGUGGAUCACGUCUUCAUUUGCUUCCACAAGAACAGAGAUGACAGAGCCGCCUUGCUCCGUACCUUCAGCUUUCUGGGCUUUGAGAUUGUGAGACCGGGGCAUCCCCUUGUCCCCAAGAGACCCGACGCCUGCUUCAUGGUCUACACGCUGGAGAGGGACUCCUCAGAGGAGGAGUAGCCGAGCUGCCGCCAGCCCCACCAUCUGCAGAGGCAGGCCAGUCCGAUGGCCUUGCCCACCGGCUGAGUCCCUGUGGGUGGGCUGGGGUGCCCCAGCUGCCCCCUCUUCCCAGGUGUGUCCGCAUGUUGUAAUUGUGCAAAUAAACGCUCACUCCAAAUCAGCAGUGUAUUCCUGGAAGUUUAAUAUUGUGUUUGUGAUACUGAAGUAUUUGCUUUAAUUCUAAAUAAAAGUUUCUAUUUUA